UCUUAGAAAUACACGGAGCCGGAGGUCUACCUGCGCUCAGUGCUCCUCAUACGGCCGAGCAGCCGACCGCGCUCCCCGGGCUCAGGUAUGAAGGCUCCCCGCCGACCGGCCGCCGCGACUCCAGCCGACGUCCUCCGGAGCUCCGUUCCAGCCGCCGGCGUCCCUCCCGCAGCUUUUAACGGGUCGCAGAAAUUAGGUUAAAGACGCACCUGAAGAGCGGAUCGAAAAGUGGCAUGCGGGGCGAAGAAGGGCUAAUUGGAUUGAGAUAACCGCACACGGCAAUGAUGUUCACACUCACUGAAGUCGCUUCCUUGAACGACAUCCAGCCGACGUACCGCAUCCUGAAGCCAUGGUGGGACGUCUUCAUGGACUACCUGGGGCUGGUCAUGCUCAUGCUGGCCAUUUUUGCCAUGACCAUGCAGAUCACCAAGGACCAGGUGGCCUGUCUGCCGUGUCUGGAGGACCCGGAGGAGGCCUCGGGAGCCAAGCCUCACUCGUUCCCCCCGCAGAGCGCGCAGGAAGCGGCCUCCUCCGCUGCCACCAGAGCCCCCGUGGUCGCCACCAUCCCGCUGGCCACGAAGGACCUACCGGACGACGCGGUCCGCGAGAUCCACGUGACGCACCAACACACCGCUGUGGUGUCAGAGAAAUACGCCAACCAGCCUCAACCGACGGGGGUCAGAACCAACCUAGACUAUCAACAGUAUAUCUUUAUUAACCAAAUAUGUUACCACGUUGCCUUGCCCUGGUAUUCCAAGUACUUUCCAUACCUCACCCUCAUACACACACUCAUUCUCAUGGUCAGUAGCAACUUCUGGUUCAAAUACCCAAAAACGAGCUCCAAGAUUGAGCACUUUGUGUCUAUCCUGGGGAGGUGUUUCGAGUCUCCCUGGACUACGAAGGCUUUGUCUGAAACAGCGUGCGAGGACUCUGAGGAGAACAAGCAGAGGCUGACCGGCACCUCCUCGGCCCCCAAGCAGGUGUCUUUAGAGGGGAAGGACGACGGCGCCAACACCAGCCCGUCCGCACCCAUGCUCGGGGUGAAGUUUUCUGCAGAUAAGCCCAUCGCAGAGGUCCCGAGUAGUAUGACAAUCCUGGAUAAAAAGGAUGGGGAGCAGGCCAAGGCUCUGUUUGAGAAAGUGAGGAAGUUCAGAGCUCACGUGGAGGACAGUGACUUUAUCUACAAGCUUUAUGUAGCACAGACCAUCGUCAAAACAGUCAAGUUCAUCCUGAUAUUGUCCUACACGUCCACCUUUUUGGCUAAGAUCAAUUUUAAGCACGAUUGUGAACCUGAUAUAAAACCGCUAACAGGGUACAAGAAGUUCUUCUGUACGCACAACAUGGCUUUCAUGUUGAACAAGCUGCUCAUCAGCUACAUGGCUUUGAUUCUGAUCUACGGCAUGACGUGCCUGUACUCUCUGUUCUGGGUGUUCAGACGGCCGCUGAAGGAGUACUCAUUUGAGAAAGUCAGGGAGGAGAGCAGCUUCAGCGACAUUCCUGAUGUCAAAAAUGACUUUGCAUUCCUUUUACACAUGGUUGACCAGUAUGACCAACUCUACUCCAAGCGCUUUGGGGUUUUCUUGUCCGAGGUCAGUGAAAACAAGCUGAGGGAGAUCAGCCUCAAUCACGAGUGGACCUUUGAGAAAUUACGGCAGCUUGUGACCCGUAAUGCACAGGACCAGCAGGAGCUGCACCUCUUCAUGCUCUCCGGUCUCCCGAACGCCGUGUUUGACCUCACGGAUCUGGAAGUGCUGAAGCUGGAGCUGAUUCCUGAGGUGAGGUUCUCGGCAAAAGUCUCCCAGAUGACCAGCCUGCAGGAGCUGCAUCUCUGCCACUGUCCGGCCAAAGUGGAGCAGACGGGUUUUGCUUUCCUGCGCGACCAUCUCCGCUGCCUGCACGUCAAGUUCACGGACGUGGCUGAGAUCCCAGCUUGGGUGUAUUUGCUGAGGAGCCUGAGGGAGCUCAACCUAAUCGGCAACCUGAGCUCAGAAAACAACAAGAUGAUCGGCCUGGAGUCCAUGCGAGAUCUGAGGCAUUUAAAGACAUUAUGCCUGAAGAGCAACCUCACAAAAAUGCCCACAAACAUCACAGAGCUGUCGCCACAUCUGAUUCGUUUAGUGGUGCACAACGAUGGUACGAAACUGUUGGUACUAAACAGCCUGAAAAAAAUGACAAAUCUCAUUGAACUGGAGCUGCACACCUGCGAGCUGGAGCGGAUCCCCCACGCUAUCUUCAGCUUGACCAACUUACAGGAACUUGACCUGAAAUCGAACAACAUCCGGACCAUCGAGGAGAUCAUCAGCUUCCAGCACCUCAAGCGGCUGACCUGCCUUAAGCUGUGGCACAACAAGAUCAUCACCAUCCCCUCCUCCAUCGGCCAGGUCAAGUCGCUGGAGUCCCUCCACCUCUCUCACAACAAACUGGAGUCCCUGCCUCCGGCCUUGUUCACGCUCCCUAAGCUGCGACACCUGGAUGUGGGCCACAACUCCAUCACAGUGCUUCCUCCAGACGUGGGCCUCCUCCACAACCUGCAGCACUUGGCCAUCAACUCCAACAAGCUGGAGGUGCUGCCCAAGCCUCUGUUCAGAUGCACCAAGCUGAAGGUGCUGUGUCUGGGCCACAACGCGCUCACCACGCUGCCAGAGUCCGUGGGUCAGCUGGUGCAGCUCACUCAGCUGGAGCUGAGGGGGAACUGUCUGGACCGGCUGCCCGCCCAGCUGGGAAACUGCCGCCUGCUGCGCAGAAGCGGCCUCAUCGUGGAGGACCACCUCUUCGACACACUGCCCGGGGAAGUCAAGGAGAGCAUCAGCCGAGACACCACCUUUACCAACGGCUUAUAGCACAACGGCUCGGAGAGCAUCGCGGUAACCGAUCGAAGACACUUUUUAUUAUUGUAUUAUCCACAAAAAUGAAUGCAUUUUCUUAAUUAUUUUAAUGGGGUGUCUUAGUUGCUUAUAUUUUAAUACGGCUUAGAAGAGAUUGCUUUUGUUGUUGCCGAUCUAAUUGAGCAUUUUUUUGUUUCUUAGCUUUUAGUAACGAAAACUAGAAAUCGAGCUUCUUUAUAUAUAAAACACUCAAUAGACCAAAACUGUUUGCUCCAGUGACACAGUUUGUAGAUUUAUUGUUUUAGGUACUCAGGUAUAUUUGAAACCACGGGGAACAAUCUUUUUGCCUUAACUGCUGCUACUUGUUUUUGUUUUUUUGGGUUUUUUUUACAGUGAGGGCUUUCACAAACAAAAGGCCAAAAAUGAAUAAUUCAUGUCGUCACUUUUUCGUACAGACUCCGUUCGCACAACCACGUGUUCUAGAAGCAAACACAAUGCAACAGCCCUCUCCUGCUAGUUUUUAAACUUCUGUCCAAAUCAUAAUCCGUGUAUAUUUUCCUCUUGCGUAAUCUUGUCUCGUAGCUAACAGAAUGAAUUCAGCGUCGUAAACCUCAGGUGGAGACUAAAAGCACCGUAAACGAACCUUUACCUUCACGUUGUAGAGAUUGUAUACCACGGCCUGUUAGUGACUCAUUUGCACAUUGAAAACCUGACGAUGUAGAGAUCGCUGAAUGUCCUUUUUGUGAUAACUUGUUCUGAGCUGAUAAAAGGGAAAUCUUCUCACUGGCUUUUAAAACCUGAACCGUGCGACUGAAGCCGGUCGCCGGUAGGACCGAGCGUCCUGCAACGUCACAAUCAUGUCACGAUGAUAAUGUCUGCCUUCGUUCUUCUCAGUGUACUUCUGUGUAGGCCUGUAUGUAAGUGUUCUUCAGAGCUGCUGUACCACCGUGGUGAUCCUAUGCUCAAAGUUCACAACUUUAUGGUACAAUAAAACCAGAUUUUAGAUAAA